AUGGCGAUCGGAGCUCCGGCUGCACGUACCAAUCUGCCGGCGCGUCUGCCCGAAGGUGACGCGUCCGACAAGAUUAACGAGAGGACACAGACACAGACACAGACUGCCACAGACGAGCAGUUCGGGCCGAUGAGUGCUGCCGCUGGGCACCUGGAGCUGCUUCUGCUACCAGACGAGUUUGAUGAAGGCUCAGAGGCGAUCCCUGUUAUCGGAAAGGCCACAGCGAAGCAGGGUCCCCGUGCCAAGCGAGCCGAGUCGGGCACUCCCAAGCGAUCACCGGAAAAGUCACCGGAACGACUGGCCCUACGACCAGUUCAGGCCCCGGCCCCGGCGAGGCGGCCCUCCUAUGCUUCUAUUGCCCGAGGUAAUCUGCCGCCUCUUAUUCCACCAACACAGCCAGCACGCCCUGGAGGUUUUUCAUCCGAUAAGGUAAACGAGAGGACCCAAACUACGACUGAGGAGCAGGCAGUCAUCUCUCCAACUGGUACUAAGGAGAACAUGGAGCCGGGAGAAGGUCGCAGCAGAGCAGUGUUCCUGGCCAGAGCUACGGCCGCCGCGGCCCCCCGCCCUGUCUCCAACCGGUGCCAAGGAGAACACGGAGCCGAGCAAGGACGAAUAAGGUCACAGUAA